CGGCUCGGAGCUCACGCCCGCGGCCCGCGCGAUCCCCGUCCGCUCCGGCCGCCGAGCCCGCGCCCCGCGCCCCGGCCAUCGCUGCGUCCCGACCGAGCGCCGAGCCCCGCGCGAUGCGACGCUCCUGGGCGGGCGGCGCCGCGCUCCUGGCGCUGCUGGCCGCGCACUUCCAGGCGAGUCCGGCGCUGGAGGAGAAGAAAGUUUGCCAAGGUACAAGUAACAAGCUCACCCAGCUGGGCACUUUCGAAGACCACUUUCUGAGCCUCCAGAGGAUGUUCAAUAACUGCGAGGUGGUCCUUGGGAACUUGGAGAUCACCUACAUGCAGAACAGCUACAACCUGUCUUUCCUAAAGACCAUUCAGGAGGUCGCCGGCUACGUGCUCAUCGCCCUCAACACCGUGGAGAAGAUCCCUUUGGAAAACCUGCAGAUCAUCCGAGGAAAUGUACUGUAUGAAAACACCCAUGCCUUAGCCGUCUUAUCCAACUACGGGGCCAAUAAAACCGGCCUGAGGGAGCUGCCCAUGAGGAACUUACAAGAGAUCCUGCAAGGCGCCGUGCGCUUCAGCAACAACCCUGCCCUCUGUCACGCGGAGUCCAUCCAGUGGAGGGACAUUGUCAACAGCGACUUUCUAAGCAACAUGUCCAUGGACUUUCAGAGCCAGCUGGGCAGCUGCCCGAAGUGUGAUCCAGGCUGUCUCAAUGGGAGCUGCUGGGGUGCUGGGAAGGAGAACUGCCAGAAAUUGACCAAAGUCAUCUGUGCCCAGCAGUGCUCCGGGCGCUGCCGCGGCCGGUCGCCCAGUGACUGCUGCCACAACCAGUGCGCCGCUGGCUGCACGGGGCCGCGGGAGAGCGACUGCCUGGUUUGCCGCAGGUUCCGUGACGAGGCCACCUGCAAGGACACAUGCCCGCCGCUCAUGCUCUACAACCCCACCACCUACCAGAUGGACGUCAACCCGCUGGGGAAGUACAGCUUUGGCGCCACCUGUGUCAAGAAGUGCCCUCGUAACUACGUGGUGACAGACCAUGGCUCCUGUGUCCGUGCCUGCAGCUCCGACAGCUACGAGGUGGAGGAGGACGGCGUCCGCAAGUGUAAAAAGUGUGACGGGCCCUGCGGCAAAGUUUGUAACGGGAUAGGGAUUGGCGAGUUUAAAGACACACUUUCCAUAAAUGCUACGAAUAUCAAGCACUUCAGGAACUGCACCUCGAUCAGCGGAGAUCUUCAUAUCCUGCCGGUAGCAUUUAGGGGUGACUCCUUCACACGCACGCCGCCUCUGGACCCCAAGGAACUGGACAUCCUGAAAACCGUGAAGGAAAUAACAGGGUUUUUACUGAUUCAGGCCUGGCCUGAAAACAGGACUGGCCUCCAUGCUUUUGAGAACCUGGAAAUCAUACGUGGCAGGACGAAGCAACAUGGUCAGUUUUCCCUCGCGGUUGUUGGCCUGGACAUAGCGUCCUUGGGGCUGCGCUCCCUCAAGGAGAUCAGCGACGGAGACGUGAUCGUCUCAGGAAACCGAAACCUGUGCUAUGCAAAUACAAUCAGCUGGAAAAAACUAUUUGGGACCGCAAGUCAGAAAACCAAAAUUAUAAACAACAGGAGCGAAAAAGAGUGCAAAGCCAUGGGCCACAUCUGUAACCCGCUGUGCUCAUCAGAGGGCUGCUGGGGCCCUGAACCCAGAGACUGCAUGUCCUGUCGAAACUUUAGCCGCGGCAAGGAAUGUGUGGAGAAGUGCAACGUUCUGGAGGGGGAGCCGAGAGAGUUCGUGGAGAAUGCCGAGUGUGUGCAGUGCCACCCGGAGUGCCUGCCCCAGGCCAAGAACGUGACCUGCAUGGGACGCGGACCGGACAGCUGUGUCCGGUGUGCUCACUACAUCGACGGCCCUCACUGUGUCAAGACCUGCCCCGCGGGAAUCGCAGGAGAAAACAGCACCCUCAUCUGGAAGUUUGCGGAUGCCAACCACGUGUGUCACCUGUGCCACCCCAACUGCACCUACGGCUGUGUCGGACCAGGUCUCGAGGGCUGUGCGGUGGACAGGCCCAAGAUCCCGUCCAUCGCCACCGGGAUAGUGGGGGGCCUGCUUCUGGCCGUGGUGCUGGCCCUGGGGGUCGGCCUCUUUCUGCGCAGGCGCCACAUCGUCCGCAAGCGCACGCUGCGCCGGCUGCUGCAGGAGCGGGAGCUGGUUGAGCCUCUCACACCCAGUGGAGAAGCUCCCAACCAAGCUCUCUUGAGGAUCCUGAAGGAGACGGAAUUCAAAAAGGUCAAGGUGCUGGGCUCCGGCGCGUUCGGCACGGUGUACAAGGGCCUCUGGAUCCCAGAAGGUGAGAAGGUGAAAAUUCCUGUGGCUAUCAAGGAAUUAAGAGAAGCCACUUCUCCAAAAGCCAACAAGGAAAUUCUUGACGAAGCCUACGUGAUGGCCAGUGUGGACAAUCCUCAUGUGUGCCGCCUCCUGGGCAUCUGCCUGACCUCCACGGUGCAGCUCAUCACGCAGCUCAUGCCCUUCGGCUGCCUCCUGGACUACGUCCGCGAGCACAAGGACAACAUCGGCUCCCAGCACCUGCUCAACUGGUGUGUGCAGAUCGCAAAGGGCAUGAACUAUCUGGAAGACCGGCGCUUGGUGCACCGAGACCUGGCGGCCAGGAAUGUGCUGGUGAAGACACCGCAGCAUGUCAAGAUCACUGACUUCGGGCUGGCCAAGCUGCUGGGCGCCGAGGAGAAAGAGUACCACGCGGAAGGAGGCAAAGUGCCCAUCAAGUGGCUGGCUCUAGAGUCAAUCCUGCACCGUGUAUACACCCACCAGAGUGACGUCUGGAGCUACGGAGUCACCGUUUGGGAGCUGAUGACCUUUGGGUCCAAGCCUUAUGACGGGAUCCCCGCGAGUGAGAUCUCGACCGUCCUGGAGAAGGGAGAGCGCCUCCCGCAGCCCCCCAUCUGCACCAUUGAUGUCUACAUGAUCAUGGUCAAGUGCUGGAUGAUAGAUGCUGAUAGUCGCCCAAAGUUCCGUGAGCUGAUCAUCGAAUUCUCCAAAAUGGCCCGAGACCCCCAGCGCUACCUUGUCAUCCAGGGAGACGAGCGAAUGCACUUGCCAAGCCCUACGGACUCCAACUUCUACCGCGCCCUGAUGGACGAGGAGGACAUGGAGGAUGUGGUGGACGCCGACGAGUACCUCGUCCCCCAGCAGGGCUUCUUCCACAGCCCCGCCACCUCCCGGACGCCGCUGCUCAGCUCUCUGAGCGCCACCAGCAGCACCCCCGCUGUGGCUUGCGUUGACAGAAACGGGCAGAGUUAUCCCCUCAAGGAAGACAGCUUCCUGCAGCGGUACAGCUCCGACCCCACUGGCGCCCUGACCGAGGACAGCCUAGACGACACUUUUCUCCCAGCACCCGAAUAUGUAAACCAGUCUGUUCCCAAGAGGCCCGCGGGCUCCGUCCAGAACCCUGUCUACCACAAUCAGCCUCUCAGUGCAGCUCCUGGCCGGGACCCCCACUACCAGAACUCCCACAGCAAUGCCGUGGGCAACCCUGAGUAUCUCAACACCCCCCGCCCCGCCUGCAUCAACGGAGGACUGGACGGCCCUGCCUUCUGGGCACAGACAGGCAGCCACCAGAUUAAUCUGGACAACCCAGACUACCAGCAGGCCUUCUUCCCCAAGGAAGCCAAGUCAAACGGCAUCUGUAAGGGUCCCGCCGCCGAAAACGCAGAGUACCUAAGGGCGGCACCAGCCAGCAGUGACCUUACUGGGGCAUGACCUCUGAGGAUGGCAUUGGCCCAAAACUGCCAGGCCCUUCAGCCCCCGGGACCACGCUACGGCAGCUACAUAGUCCCGACAGCCCACGUUAACGCUCGGACCUUGGACUGGCUUGGCCAUCUCUGCCCUGACCAGCCCGACUUCCAGCUGAGAAGUGCCCUGUGGCAGAUGUGUCCUUGGAAGUUGCAGGGACAUUCCUUUGUCUUCAGACUGUGAGGCUUCCACGGAAGGCUUCCGGAAAGGGAUGUUGUCCGUUUGGGUGAAGAUCACUUUUCAAGAUAUGUUUGCAAAAAACUAAGUAUGUUUAAGGAAUUUUAUCACUUGGGGACCUUUGGGGUGUUUAGUCGUCAUUGAUUUUGCUUUUAACGGGCUUUUCCAACGAGGAAGAAGCUCACUUGUAGCACUUGGGCCGCAGAGUCCACCCAGAUACGGGACCAGCCCGGGCCAGCCUUCCACUAACACUUGAUUCCACUGGCUCUGCUCGGAGGCUCUUCCACUGCAAGGCAGUUGAAAACCAGCUAGUUCUCCGUGUCCCAGGCAGGCCCGAUUGGUACUCUGUCAAAUCAUGUCAGGUGCAAGAGGAUAAGCCACUUUGAACCCUUCCUGGGCAGGGGAGAAAAGGAGGGUAGAAUUCCUCCUCAGACUUACUUUUAUCCAAAUAUCUCCACGGUACUUACCCUCCAUUGAGUGACCAGUGUUUUCUGAUUAUAUGUGUUGGAUUUACUUGUUUAUUUUCCAUUCCGUUGUUUUGAGAUUCAGUGUGGUUUCCAGCAAGGGGAGAUGGGACAUCAGAACAUUAGCCAGUAUCUGCUCAUAGCCGACUCAUCAGCAUGCAUACCAGCAGCCUUUAACGGAGAUGGAACAACAGUGCAAAAGGGAAAGUUCCCCCAAAUUGGAGUCGGAGAAAAUGCAUCAAGUCGUUUGGGGGUAGGGCGGGCCCACUGGGAGACUGCGAAACGGAAGCUGCUCUUGAAACGCUGUUGGCCUUCCGUCCGAAACAAUCGGUUUAGGCUACUCACGGAAGAUAACUUUCUUUUUACUUUACUUUAAGGGUUUUUACUCAAAGCGCACUCUGUGCCUCACUGGGAAGCUGCCCCAAAGCCCUUCCUUUCUUUCGUGAGUUGAGUCGAAGGGCCCAGGCCCUGGGGCAGCCCUCACCGCAGCUAGCAGGUGAAAUAAGGACAGCCUUGUGCCUUGUGGGGAAUAUGAAAUUUGAUUUUGAAAGUGAUGACAAUGCCGUCACAACAUCUACAGGUACGUGAGAAGAAAAAAAAAAAAA